GCAGUUUAAAAGCGGCCGCCGCGGCCGCUGUGACUCUGGCGAUGGCUACCGCUGCCGGCCGUGUGGCUGUACGGAGCCGCCUGCUCUGACCUGGGUGCCGGUGGGCCGACCUUGCCGGAGACGCGCGCAGAUACCGCGGGCAGUGUUAGAAGAUGGCCCUGAACUGGGUGGCCCUGUCCGCCGGCGAUCAGCGGAACUGGGGGGCCGGCCGCCCCGCCAGCGGCGACCUCAGGCCUGCGGCCUCCGCGCUGGCGAGGGUCUCCGGAGACAGCUGCCUGGUUGCCGGGCCCGGGGCACCAACCCCGGGAGCAGCACCUCGGCCGGCGGCGCGGCCGAGUGUUUGGACCGAGAGCCGGCGGGCGGCGGGCGGGGGUCGGACCCCGACGCGCCUUAUAAAGGCGAGGGACGCGGACGCGCGGAGCCGAGGCCGUCAGCCCCGGUUCUCGCCUUACCCGACCCCCGGGGUGAAGCUCGACCUCCUGAGAAGUGUGCUGCAGCAGCGACUGCGAGCUCCGGAGCUGUGGCCGCCCGCACCCCAGCUUCACCGACUGCCGCCCUCCAUUAGCUUGUGAACAAGACCUGUAAAACCCUU